AUGGCUAAGGACAUCAAGGUAAAGGCUAAGAACGCCGCUGGCGAAGAAACACUCAAGUACUACAGAGUGAAGGGAAAGAAAAAAAUUUUAAUCCCAAUUAAGGCCAAGAAAACAAUUGCGAAGAAAUAUUAUGGAAGGAAAUUAGCCUCAAAGAAGAAAUACAUGGUGCAAGGGAAAAUAAGAAAGUCGAUCGAAGUUGGAAAAGUGGCAAUCAUACUGUCAGGGAAGCAUAUGGGCAAGAGAUGCAUAAUUACGAAGGUAUUACCCUCAGGGCUGUUAGCUGUCGUAGGUCCAUAUGAAGUAAACGGGGUCCCUUUAAAGAGAGUUAACCCACGAUAUGUUGUAGUGACGUCGACGAACAUUUUUAAGUUUGAAAAUAUGGCAGGCCUGAAGGAUGAAUUUAUCAAGCUGGCCGAACAGAUUGAAGAUAGCUCUUUUGUUAAAUCCUUGGAAAUAAAAAAAAAGCAAAAGAAACUUCUGAGCAAAAAGAAUGAAAGUCUCUUCAUGAAUGACGUGAUUACAAAAAUUAAGGAAUUGAUGAAGGAGGACCCCAAGAUGCAGAAACUGCAAAAAAUCCAAAAACAAAUUGACACCCUUCUGAAGGAUGAAAUUACCAAGAACAAAAUCUUUGCAGAGUAUUUGAAGUCCAAGUUUACACUGAGAAACGACAUGGCUCUUCAUAAAAUGAAGUUCUGA